GGGUGAGAGGUCACGGCGUGCGCCUUAGGUUUGACCCCGAGCCUCCGGACCCAGAGACACUCCGAGGGGACUCCGAGGGGACCCGGUGACCCCGUGAGACCCCCGGUGACCCCGUGAGACCCUCUGGAACCCCGCGAGACUCGGGGACAUCCUUGAAAUGCGUUUUGCCGGAGUGUGCCGCGGCCUGGCGAGGCGCGUCGGGGCGACUCUGGGCGGCGGAGGGAAGGACGCGGCGGCUGGGAGGGGCCUGGCAGGAGGAGCGAGGUCGUCCUCCGGGUCCUCCACCCAUUCCUUCGCCCAGCAGCAGUACGAAGAGGUCGGCACGGCGAAGAACGAGGCUGUGCGGCCCGACUUCGUGAACCGCAACCCCAGGAACCUGGAGCGCAUGGCGCUCGCACUCAAGGACCGCGGCUGGGACACCGUGUGGCCCAACCGCUGCUACUGGCACCGGCUGUGUCUGGAUCGCACGCAGCAACACGUGUCGGCCUGGGUGGAGCACUGCAGCCGCCACGUGGUCGUCUCUGUCAGCACCCACGAGUGGGCCAUCAAGCGCCACCUCCACAGCACCAGCGACGUGGCAGCCGCCGAGAACGUGGGCCGCGUCCUGGCGCAGCGCUGCCUGGAGAGCGGGAUCAGCUACGCCGUGUUCCGCCACAUUCCCUGGUCCUACAAGAGCGCGGCGGUGCAGAGCUUCAAGAAAGCAUGCAAGGAGGGAGGCCUGGUGCUGAGUGAACCGCGACGCAUCUUUGUAAAAUAAACGUCAACGCAUUCAACCCCCCUGCACUCUCUCACGUAUUCUGUUUCUGUAACGUAACUCUUUUCUUUUAUAAAAAAAAAGGUUAACUCUA